AUGAAGUGUAUCGUGGCUCUCCUGGCUCUGGCCGUCAUGGCCCAGGCUUUCAAGGUACCCCUGAUGAAGAGAAAGGAUGAAGGCAGGAAGUACCCCUAUGUGGACCCCGGCCUCAAGUUCCAGUCUGCUGAGGUGCAGGCUUCCUACGGAGCCACUAUGAUGUCCCUUCUCUUCCAGGGCUACUACUACGGCGCCAUCUCCAUCGGCACCCCUCCCCAGUCCGUACAGGUGCUCUUUGAUACCGGCUCCUCCAACCUGUGGGUGGACUCUGUGUACUGCAACUCACAGGCCUGCAACGUCCACCAGAAGUUCAACCCUCAGUCUUCCUCCACCUGGCAGCCGUCUGGCAAGACUUUCACCCUUCAGUACGGAGCUGGAGGCAUGACUGCCUAUCUGGGCUACGACACCAUCAGCUUGGGAGGCCUCACAGUCACUAACCAGAUGGUUGGCUUGAGCGAGACCCUGAACACCGCUCCUACCCCCUUCGCUGGCAUCGUGGGUCUGGCCUAUCCCCAGAUCGCCGCCUCCCAGCAGCCCACCCUCAUGGACACCAUGAUGCAGCAGGGCGUUCUGCAGCAGGACUUUGUGGCCUUCUACCUGUCCCGUGGUCAGUACGGCAGCGAGAUGUCCUUUGGCGAGCUGGACAGCAGCAAGAUGGCCAGUCAGAUCACCUGGACCAACGUCAUCUCCGAGUCAUGGUGGGAGAUCAUGAUGCAGGGAUUCCAGAUUAAUGGCCAGGAGACCGGCUGGUGCCAGCAGGGCUGUGCUGCCAUCGUGGACACUGGUACUCCCGGUCUGGCAGUGCCCUCUACGUAUUUCUCCUCCCUGAUGCAGAGCACUGGGGCCCAGCAGUACAACGGCGUGUACUACAUCAGCUGUGACCAAGCCAGCAACCUGCCCACUCUGACCGUGGUCAUUAGUGGAGUGGCCUUCCCCGUCCCCCCCUCUGCUUACCUUGAGCAGGGUCAGAAUGGAUACUGCAUGUUUGGCAUCCAGCCCACUUCCCAGCAAGACUUCAGUGGAAGGCCCAUGUGGAUUCUGGGAGAUGUAUUCCUCAGGGAAUACUACUCCGUGUACGACCGUACUUACAACCGCGUGGGAUUCGCCACCGCUGCUUAGACAUGACCACCUUUCAACACCUUUUAAUUAAA